AUGCCCUCGCAAACUCUUGCGGACGCAGCUCACGUAGUGCAAUAUCCUGCUCAAACUGCUCAGCAUCAUGUCCAGCUCACAUCCGCACUCCAAGAUGCCUCUACUUCUACUCGUCAAAGGGAGACCAAGGCGCCCAGGGGAAGAAGUAAUAUGAGGGCUGAAAGGCCUGCCAGGUCUGAUGAUGAGAUCAAAUUCAAUGUUGGCGUCCCAAAGUCUCGUCCCACACGGCGAAAGCGUCCAGCACCUCUUCAAUCGGACUCUAGAUUGAGGGAGGAACGAUAUCACAGUAAUGAAUCCCCACCUGGAUACGAAGAGGCCAUCAGCACGCCUUGCGUUUCGGGAUGCCCUAGUACUGUGACCCUCGUUACUCCGAGUGCUCACCAUACGCAGCCUGCGGGGCCGUCUACACUAGCGAUAUCAACUACUCAGACGGCGCAACCCAGUGCCCAUCCUAGUGCAUCAUCGCGGCCAGGAUCACCCCAUCCUACUGGCUCGCCAGUGUCGGAGACCGAAUCCGAACGGAGUCUUGAAAUCAUCAACGGGCCUGAGGAUGAUAUCGAGAGAAGGGAGGGAGGUGCACAACACCCCCUUGCGUCGGGCUCGCACCCAUACUCGCAGGGCUCAUUCUUAAAUUCCACGCAAGUCGACAUCCUUACAAACGGACAACCUGGACGACCAAAGGAUGCGAAAUCAAAGAGGCGGAACAACACGCUGUCCCCUCUGCGAAUAUUGUUUCCGAUGAAAGCUCCUGCUACGACGCAGGAUGUCAUACACUCUGCGCACCCGUCCCCGAACUCUCCGUAUUCAGAUCUCCGUGGUACCGCUUCACCGUUUCGAAGCGCAACCUCUCUCAAAGCAUCGCUUUCUACUCUCUCUCUCGGUAGAUUUACUUCAGCCGACUGUUCAGCCCAGAAGGAUCGUAAAUUGUUCUCUUUCAAGGGCAAGCAGCGUGCUAAGGCCGAGGAAACACCAAUAGAGACGGAGACGGAGAGUCGUGAUGAAUGGGAAAUUAUCCAUGUCGGUCAUAAACCGACGGCGGUGGAUACGGCGGUGAAUGAUCCUACGCCUAGCCUCAUGACUACUGUCGAGCAAAUUAGGACCUUCCCGCCUGCCGAAAUGCACGCUCCUCCUCGACCCAUCAAUCAGGAAGGUCAGACUGAGGUUCUUACACCGCAGCUUACUCCCGCUUCUCCUGCCCCAUCGACCACUCGCUCCAACUUUUCAAGGGAUGAGAAAGUUCGUGAAAUGUUUAUGACCCUCAACGCAAGACGUCCCCCAGCGAAUCACCCACCCACCCCAAGGUCGCCAUCGCCUGUUCCUGAGCCUCAGGUUAUUGCUGGUCCCAUCGUGACCACUGUACGAACCAGGAAGCAUCCUUCCGAGCCAUCCUCGCCAAAGAUGGAAACAUCGACGAUCAUCUCCGCUCCUGCAUCUCACAACGAACAUGCUGAAUUGCAACGGGCAUUGGACACGCCCCUCCCCACAACCCCUAUCGCGGAGUCCUCCUAUUUCGGCCACGUGCCAAGGAGUUCCUCCAGACCAUCGUCGGAGCGUUCUGUUUCUCGACGUCCAUCACCGAGACCAUCGAUUACGGCGGAACAGGAAGAGAUUUACGCCAAUGACCUUCAAUCAACUCAGGUUCUAACGACUUCGCAAGAUAUUGAUACCUUCAUUGGCAGUCGACCGACGACGCCUGCCUUUGGAGUAGUUUCCACCAGCGAACCAAUGUCGCCUAGCAGCCUCAUGCGCCACCACUAUCCCGGGCGUCCGCUGCCGAGGCCCCCUGCGUCUCGAACCCCACGCGUUGUCGACUCAGCCUAUGCCCCCCCGUUUGGCUUCGCUGACGAUGUCAGCAAGGAGCCCGUCUGCCCAGAAGGUCUACUCAUUGACUUCGAUGAUGAAGCCACGGAGAGUCAAGUUAUCAAAAUCGGCAGAGCAAGUGCGCAACCUGAGAGCGUGCCGCCUACCCCUGCAUCCUCUUCAUUCACUAUGUCGACAACCUCGACGCCGACUGUAUCUCCUCCAGUAUCCCCCGUUGACACUAUCAUUCCUACGCCCGAAGAGCCGGCACUCCGCGUCAACCAGGUUCACAAUCAAAUACAUAUGGAUGCAACAGUCCAUCAUGAGUACACGGAGCUGGACGUCUUAGUCGACGGCUUGGAUCCAAAUGCCAGAGAAGGAGAAAACUACGACGCGCUCCUUCUUGUCUCAGAGUUUGUUGGCCCAGCACACAUAGGGUCCGCUCUCCCCUCCAGGUCCAAUCCCUAUGAGGAUUCGUGCAUGCUUCAAGGCCGCGUUGAGGUUGAUCGCAGGCGAAUCACUCGUAUGGGCAAGCGCAAACUCAAACUUUCAUUACUGGGCGUAGGAGUGGAGCGUUGUGCUAUCUGCUUGUCUCAAUUCAAGGAAGCGGAACACGCUUCCCUCAUAUCAAAGUGUCAGCAUUCGUUUCAUGCCAGGUGCAUCGGAACGUGGACAUCGCAAGGGAAGAAAACAUGUCCCAUCUGCCGCACGAAGUUGGAUGGUUUGGGUGGCUGA